AUGAAUUCAAAUUUAGAUUUAGGCAUAAACCGUGUUGACAAUUUUGAAACGGAUAAUAAUUCAGAUAGUUCUGGUAGUGACUAUGAACCAAGAGUCCCAGAAGGAAGAGCUCAACCAAUAUCAAUGUUAAUAUCAAAUGGUCAAUCAAGAACACCUGCUAAUAAUUGGAACAUCUCAGAUGCAAGUUCAAACACUUCAGCAGCACUCAUUAGUACUUCACCUAUUUUAGAUCAAACCAAACGGUUAAACACUUGGACGUGGCAAGACGCUGUGAGAGCCAAUAUGUGGCCAAACAGUAGGUCAAACAAUAGACCAACUGUUUGGGGUUGUUCAAGGUCAAACAAUUGGUCAAACAAUUGGUCAAACAAUUGUAGCUGGGAAUCUACAACAAAAGACUCAAACAUGGAACACAUUGGAAAUCAAAACUUAGUAUCUUCGAAUACAGGUAGCGAUGUUUUUAGUGGCUCGGAAUUACCAAAGUCAGUUAGGGAUAGAGAACCAACUCCUUACUAUGAAAAGAAUUUAAGUAAAAACAAAGGUCAAGAUAUUGAAGAUGAAGAACAUGAAGAGCAUGAAGGACAUGAAGAGCAUGAAGGACAUAAAGAACUUGAAGAACAAGAUGGGUCACAAGUUGUGUAUUUAACAAAUGGUAUGAUUUAUGUUGAUGGUUUUGUAGUGCACAAAGAUAAGGUCGUUAAUCCAUAUCUGAAAAGUUUCCAGAGUCGUUAUGAAGCAACAUUUCGUGAAAUUGAAAAUAGUGACUUAAGAUUGGUCAGAAUAGAUGAAUAUAUAGAAUCAAGGGUGAUUACAUUGCACAAAGAAACACUAUUCCAGUAUGUUCAACCAAAAGCAGUUUGGGCUAGAUAUGUUAAUAAUGCAUUUUGUUUUCUGGAAUAUAAUUCACGCAAUUCAGGUGAUGCCGUGGAGAUGGCAGGGAUUAAGGUGUAUAUCACAACAAAGAUUUGUGCAUUGAUUAUUUUAAGUCCACCAAUGUCACAAAUGUUUAAUGAGGUAGACAAUCCAAAUCUGAUACAUGAAAUAAUCACUUCGAAUCAUUAUUUUGGAGACUAUGGGUUUGAGAUAUCUGAAAAUGACAUGUAUUUAAUUCAGACACCAUGUGAAAAUAUGCUGGAAAUCGGUGAGAUUUCAUUCAGAGCUUUCUAUGAAACAGCAAUUAGAUUAUCAGAGUCUGGUGGCAUCACCUCAAAAAGAUGGAUCAAAGAUCACGAAGGAGUAGUCCAUUAUAUAAAAGAGCACACCCCAGAAACUGUGAACAAUUAUUGUCAAAUAUUUGGUAAACUUUUUGCCACAAUUUGUCAUGGGGAAAGCUUUGAAAUGGUCGACACGACUAUACAUGAUUCAGAAAUAUAUUUAAUUGCAGAUCUUUCUGGACCGCCCAUAGAUCAAAUUUUUUUAGUCCAGAAUUUGAUUUUAAAUUUUAUUCAUAGUAAUAGGUCAUUAAUUGCAGUUGUGUUUCCUUUUUUUCUUAGGAAGGACAGGUCAAAUUAUUUUCUGGAUGAUGAGUGUGUAAGAAGAAUUGAAUGUUUAAAAAACAUCAUCGAAAAUGUUAAAGUUACCAAAAGAGAUGAUUUAAUUCAGUAUGAACAGCAACUGUGGUAUAGCAGCUAA